UGGUCAACACGAGUUCAACAGCGCGCGUGGGAAGGCGGAUUGUCCGAAAUGAAGGGGUGUUCCAGGAAAGAUUCUACGACGUGUUGUCUUUCAGUUGGAUUCAUUGUGCAAAUAGUGCAAAUUGUCUCUCAUUUCUCUGCUGUGCGUUGUGAGAUUUUUGUCACACACAGAGAAGGACACAACUGGAUGUGCGGCUGAAAAGGAGCAUAAGAAUGUAUAUUGAUGGUGUGUUGGACUUUGUUAUUUCCAAUCGAGAGAAAUUAUAUUGCUGCUCGUGUUGUUUUUCCCGGUGACUCCACGAAAUGGCAAACAUUGGAAUUGAUUGGAAAACAGCGGUCAGGCCAGAGUGUGAAAGGGGCGCAAUUUGGCGUGGGAGGACUCCAAGAAAACUCCCCUAAUAGACGCUAAUUUAUCGGGAAUAUUUUACCCCAUGAUUGUGUGCAGGAUGAGCGCUUAUGCGAUACGGCUCAAUUGUGUUCUUGAGGCAAAUUCUCUAAAGGAAAACAUCAUGAAAAAUGCAGCGUGUGAUUGUAAUCGAGGAUACAAUUUAAUUUAAUUCGCUGAAAUGCAAGUUCACUAAUGAGAUCGUGACAUUGGGAAAGAUCUUCGGAUGUCUUUAGAAACCAAUCAAUACUAUGAAACAAUCAAAACUACAAAUUAAGUACUUUUGGAAAGGGUCAGCUCAUAAAAAGACGAUCACAAGAACUAAAUGUGCAUUUUUAUCUUAAUUGCAUCUUAUCUUCGACUUAAGGUCUACAAUGUAAUUAACAUAAGCUCUUGUACUUACAUAUGCUUUUAAAUCUCAUUAGGCUUGCAUUUUGCACAUUUUCUAAUCAUUCCAAAUUCAAGAUCACUUAAAAUAAGAUUCUUUAAUUUGCUCGCUUGCAAAGGCGGCCAAAAAACCACUGAAAUUUUAUGUUGUUUGCAGAAAGUGGGUUUUUAUUUCAUUUCACCGUACGAAGAAGUUGUCUCUCGUCUCCUUGUCGAGUGCGCGAAAUGAGCAUGAUUUGCCUCCCCCUGAGUCGAGGUAUUUUUGCAUCCCUUCACGACUUUUCCGCCUCAGUUGAGUGCUGCCCGUGCUGGAGAUCGCAUCGCGAGUCACAAUGUGGCUCCGCUUCUCGGCCCUCACUCUGGCCUUUCUGCUGCUGGAACUGCCCGAGAGUGGCCUGGCGCACCACGAUGACGCCCUCGAGAUAGUCUUCCGGCAGAGGACUCAGUCAGACUGGGAGCGCGUGUGGCAUCACGAGAGUCACUCCAGGUGUCGCGAGAGGCUGGUCAGGCAUCUCUUCUGGGCGUGCGAGAAGGAUAUCUAUCGGCUGACGAGGAGAGCCAGUGCCGGAGACGAUGGAGUGCCGCGGCGCGAGAAGAAGAUGGAAUUCCCGUGGCUGGAGAGUGAAAAUGCCCUGAAUGUGCUGCGGAUGAGGCGCAACUCGCGCGGCCAGCCAACCGGAUCCAGCAUCACGCGCGAGUGCUGCACGCGGGUCGGAUGCACUUGGGAAGAAUAUGCUGAGUAUUGCCCAUCGAACAAGCGGAUUCACCGAAAGUAGGAGAUUAUGUGAGGUUUCACAGUCAUCGCCGUGGAUAUUCUGAGCUGUAACAAAGGGGGGAAGAUCGGGUGUGCUGAUUUGGUGUCUUUUCC